AGCUUAUACACUAUAAUAAUAACAAAAUAGAUAAAAAAAUCCCUUCCUUUUUAUCUCACUGAAAACUUCGCCUCUCUCACUGCAAAUGCUGCGAGUUUUUCUGUGCUGAAAGAAAGUUUUGGGGUUGAAAUUCAGUUAUAAUCAAGUGGGGUUGUGACAUUUUUGGGGAAUAAGUAGAUUAAGUUGAUUUUUGAUUCUGGGUUUUUUGAGUUUGGGUAUGGCUAGUUGUACAUCAGCUGUGUUUGUGCCUCUGGAUACUCGAUUGCGGAACGGGGUAUUAACUGUUCUUGCAAGAAGAGUUUGUCCUUUGAAAAUGCAUGAUGAGAAAGUUGGAUUCUUGGGUGUUAACCAAAAGGGUAUUUCAAGUUGUCCACAAUUCAAGUGUUCAGCUAAUUCACAUAGGUUCAAUAAUUAUCAAAGUAAGGACUCGUUUCUAAAUCUGCAUCCUGAAAUUUCGAUGCUUCAAGGUGAAGGAAAUCAUACUUUCACUACCUCUAGACAGGAAAGCUCGAGUGGAGGUGUUGCCGAGAGCUUAAUGGACUCAUCUAGUUUGAAGAAUUUCAAUGAGGCUAAGAUUAAGGUGGUUGGUGUAGGAGGUGGUGGAUCAAAUGCAGUUAAUCGUAUGAUUGAGAGCUCUAUGAAUGGUGUGGAGUUUUGGAUUGUGAAUACUGAUAUUCAGGCAAUUAGGAUGUCACCUGUGUUUCCUGAGAAUCGAUUGCCAAUAGGCCAAGAGCUCACGAGAGGACUAGGUGCAGGUGGUAAUCCAGAUAUAGGGAUGAAUGCUGCCAAAGAAAGCAAGGAGGCUAUUGAAGAAGCAGUUCGCGGUGCAGAUAUGGUUUUUGUGACUGCUGGAAUGGGCGGAGGAACAGGGACUGGUGGGGCUCCUAUAAUUGCAGGAAUUGCCAAAUCAAUGGGUAUCUUAACUGUUGGUAUUGUCACAACCCCCUUUUCUUUUGAGGGACGAAGAAGAGCAGUUCAAGCCCAAGAAGGAAUUGCAGCUUUGAGAGAAAAUGUUGAUACGCUAAUCGUCAUUCCUAAUGACAAGUUACUGACUGCUGUUUCCUUAUCAACCCCAGUAACUGAAGCUUUUAACCUGGCUGAUGAUAUUCUUCGGCAAGGGGUUCGUGGUAUUUCUGAUAUAAUUACGAUUCCUGGACUGGUAAAUGUGGAUUUUGCUGAUGUGCGUGCUAUUAUGGCAAAUGCUGGUUCCUCAUUGAUGGGAAUAGGAACUGCUACAGGGAAGACCAGAGCCAGAGAUGCUGCAUUGAAUGCUGUUCAAUCUCCUUUGCUGGACAUUGGCAUAGAGAGAGCUACUGGAAUUGUGUGGAAUAUAACCGGUGGUAACGAUUUAACAUUAUUUGAGGUAAAUGCUGCAGCAGAGGUUAUAUAUGACCUUGUCGAUCCAAGUGCCAACCUCAUUUUUGGAGCUGUGAUAGACCCAUCAUUAAGUGGACAGGUCAGUAUAACCCUGAUUGCCACCGGUUUUAAGCGCCAAGAAGAAAGUGAUGGGAGGUCCCUCCAGGGAAACCAGCUAGCGCAAGGAGAUGCCAACCUUGGAAUUAACCGACGACCUUCAUCCUUCCUGGAAGGUGGUUCAGUAGAGAUCCCCGAGUUCCUCCGGAAGAAAGGAGGCUCUCGCUAUCCUAGAGCUUAAGUCAGUCCUUGCU